UAAUUGGAUUUCCAUCCUUGACAUUUUCAUGAAGCCAUGCCUUUUCUAUUCCUAGCUCCUUUCCGGAUGUGCUCAGGGAAGCCAUCCACCGCCCAGGAGGGCCACCUGAGAAAAGACACACACACCUGUUGAUUAAUAACAAGUGGUCACAAAUAGGGAAAGACAUUGGUGAUUUCCUUCUAGAAGCUCGGGGGAUAUUUGAGGAGACACCCUGGAUAAAGCUGGAUACAGUCUGUGCCAGCUCAGAACAAUACUUUAUUUUGGAACAACUUUAACUGGAACAGUAUGCCGACACAACUGGAGAGUGCCAUGGAUACCUUAAUCAGGGUCUUCCAUCAUUAUUCAGCAAAAGAAGGGGAUAAGUAUAAACUCAAUAAAGGAGAACUUAAACAGCUCCUCACCAGUGAACUUACUGACUUCCUUUCGUGCCAAAAGGAUCCUCAGUUGGUUGAUAAGAUUAUGAAAGAUCUGGAUAGCAAUAAAGAUAAUGAGGUGGAUUUUAAUGAAUUUGUGGUCCUGGUUGCUGCAUUGACAGUCGCAUGUAAUGAUUUCUUUGAGGAGCAAAUGAGGAAAAAGGAAAAUAGCUAAGGUUCAAUCGUCAUUUGAAAAGAUGGAGACAGCAACUUUUACUGAAUGAAGAUUUUGCCUUUUGUAUUUUCCUUAGUACUGAUAUUUAGCUUUCUGAUCCUCUUCAUCAGCUCAAGUACUCCUAAUAACGAACUUUCGUGUUUUAAAAGCAGACUAGAACAGCUGAGAUUUAAGCUAAAUGUGUUGUAAAAACUAGUAACUUAUGCCAGUUGUGGAUGUUAAGAAGAUGUAAAUAUGGCUGCUGUAUGUAUUGUGCCUUUAAAUGCGUCACCAUAUGGCCUCUUGAGUAUAGUAUUGUAAUCAGUCACUGACAUGGACAACCAUUCCCAUUUCACUGCAUUCUGAAGAAGGAAAUAAUAGAUGGCUUGUUUUUUUUGUUUUUUUCGUGUCAGGAGCAACUUGAGUUGCUUCUGGAGUGAGAGAAUUGGCCGUCUGCAAGGACGUUGCCCAGGGGACGCCCGGAUGGUUUUUUUUUUAUGUUUUUACCAUCCUUGUGGGAGGCUUCUCUCAUGUCCCCGCAUGGAGCUGGAGCUGAUAGAGGGAGCUCAUCCACGCUCUCCCCGGGUGGGAUUCGAACCUGGCAGCUUUCAGGUCAGCAACCCAACCUUCAAGUCGCUUAGUCCACUACGCCAUCUGGGGGCUCCUGACGGCUUGUUUAAAAGUUCACUGUGAAGUACCUGUACUUUGCAGUACCAUGGCAUUAAACACACAAUUUUCAUCACACAUGAAGAGCUUGUCCAGCUGAGCCUAUCUAUGAUGCGACAAGGCUAUAGCAAUAUGGCUGUAGAAACUGUACUGGUAGUGUACUCGCAGUUGGUGGCUUGUAUGUCCAUGGAGUAGUGAAUCUGUCAUAAAGUUUACUCUCUGUUUUAAAGUUGCUAUACAAGGAGCUGAACCAUAUCCGCAAAAUAGUCCAGCAUUUUGAACACUUAGUUUAUAAGGUUUACUUUAAAACCCAAGGAAGAUUCACUAAUAAUAUGGAAGCCACAAGAUGUCACUGUGGGUUCUGGCAAGGUUUUGCAUGGUUAACCCAGAACUAUUUGAAUUCAUUUCAGCACAUAGAGGCAAAAACAACAGAACCCUCAGGUUUCUUGAAAUGCUACUGGUACAUUUACACAGGUGUGGGAGAAGUAUUGAGAGGAUGCAAAGUCAAGGCCACAUCUAACCCUGGCUGGAGGCUAGACUGAAGUAGUCCUAACUUUAAUGGUCUGCAAUAUCUCACAGGAUUAUCAUGCUUCAUUAUACACUGCCAAUGAUUUACAGAGGGAUUUUCAUACCCACAGCACUCAUCAAAAGUUUUCUGUAUGUUUACUUUAGACAAGCCUUCCACUUUUAUUCAUCUGAUCCCAAGCAUCCUUUAUUAUUUGUUUUGAUCUUGGUCCCCCCCCCCCCCCAAGAUCACAGCUGCAGCUAUUGCAUAAAUCUAUCCAAAAGAGAUUUCUACCAACUAUUUUUGGGUCUACUUUUAGAAUUGCUGUCCUUAUUCUCAUGCAGAUAGUCCUUGUUUGGUUGAAAACUGACAUCUCCCAUUGAUAUUUUGUAAUUAUUCUCUUUACUUUCUCUGUGGCUCAAAUAAACUGAAAUAAGUAAAGAUAGGCAGUUCAAUUUAGGGAUUGGUGUCUACAUAACAGAUAAUCCAGAUGCUUUGCACACGAAGUAGAAAACAAGCAUCUCUGCUAGAUCCACCACCUGUUUUCCCACCUUCAUCUGAGCACCAUGAAUUUUAAAACUGUGAAACUAGAUGGACCUGUAUGGGGUUGAGUUAACUGAGCAUCAUUCUCUUGUGUGCUUAACUAGUGAGCUGAAAUGUGACACACAUGCAGCCCAAAACAGGCCGAUUAUUACGAGCAGGAUGUCUUAUGGCCAAAGGUAAGGUCACAACAAAAGCUGAUGUUCUAUCAUAGUACAAGCAAUUUGAUGAGGUUCAGAGCUGGGCUAUUUUUAAAAAAUAUACAUGUGCUCUUUGACAUAUGCUGACAGAGCCCUUAUAAGGCUUUGCAUUACAAUCAAACAUUUAGAUAUGGGUAAGUGCCCAUAUAAAAUGUAUUGCAAUAGAUAUGCGGCACUUUUGUUAGCCACAAUUCCACUGUGUUUUACAGAUAUAUAAUUUGCAUUCAGUGUUGUAUCAGCAGACUAGCAUAAUGUGACUUUCUUCUAAUCUUCAUUACAUCCCUCUGAACUACCCUAAAAUGUAAUAUUUAGCAACCAUUUUCUGAUCUUGCAUUCCCAGAUAUCAUGAAACUCACACCAUCCACAUUCAGCAUGGUUAGCUAUUGGGGGCAAUAAGUGCUCUAAUCCAGAAAAAAAUCAUGGAUCCAAGAUCAUGCUCAGUAUGAGUAAGAGAUGAGCAAAUACAUAAGGAUAGACAAUAAGAUUGCCAAACCAGGAUUCUCACAGAACCUGAAAUUUCAGUCCCAGAACCUGAGAUCAAGGGACAGCUCCUUGGGGUGUCAUAAGGGCAGAUUCUGGUGAGAAUAUAAGGAUGCUUUCAUGAGGGGACACCUCUGGUGGUGUCAUUAUAGUACUGUAAGAAUCAACAAUUAGUGCAAAGAACAUGCCUUACAAAUAAAGAAAUGCACACACACUUUCAAAGCAGUAUUCUGGCCCUGAGAUUUCUACCCUUUGUUUUAGGGACUGUAGAAGAUACGGCAGGCCCUGAGAUUUGGCAACUCUAAUUGGAUGGAGCAGAGCUACCAUUGGAGGAGGUUAGUUUGGUUGGUUUAGUCCUCCUUCUCAAUGGCACUCCAAUAUUUUGGGUGAAGAUUACAAAAAAAGGCAAGUGGGAUGGUUCUAUUUGCCACACCACCAGAGACUUUAUUUUUAUUUGCAGUGAAUUCAGGCUUUUGAUGGAAGGGCAGGGGCGUGCAGAUCUUUAGAUCUGGCCUAAACUUUUCUUUAACCACAAUUGCACUCAGUCAAGGAAAGCAUUCAAACACAGAAGACAAAAUCUAAUGAAUAAGGCAUAUAGAUUUACACACACUUCACACUUGCUUUUCAAGACAAUGUUUUUGCUUCUAUACCUAGUGAGAAUAAACCGCUAGGAAUUUGCUGGGUCCUCCAGGGCAAAUCUAUAGUAACUUCCAAUGAAAGUUAUUCAUUUCAAUAGGGUUUACUCUCAUCCACAGUUUUCUGCUUCUAUGAUAAGUUCAGGAAUGUAUCCUCCCUGGAUAUAGGGGUUAUACUCUAACCAGGUAGGCCAGUCUAUCUUAAAUUCUAUCCCUGACAUCCACAAAAAAGCUUAAGCCAUUAACAGUUGAAAAGCUGCAUGUUGCUGAUAGUGGUAGGGAAUGAUAGCCAGGUAUAUUUGUCUACAUUGUCUUCAAAAUGAAGGGUAUAAUCCAUAAUUCUUUGUUCUAGAUAUGACAGUGCCUUUUUCUGUUAGCAUGAUCAAUUGAUGAGAUUGAGGGACUAUGGCAAAGUCAGACUGAACUUGGGAAUUUAUCUGUUGUCUUUAAUUAAAUUGCUCCUUGAUAAUGAAUUUAGACUAGUCUCCUUCUCUGAACAAUAAAAAGGGUGUUUGUUGUGUGGACUUAUCCAAACAUCCUCGACUCUAUCAUCAAACACUUAAAUUAAAAAAGGAGCCUAUAUUGUAGAGUCUACCUGAAAAAGAUCAAUAGAAAAGCAAGAGCUAUUUAUGGUCCAAUUGCCUUCCUUUUACAUGUGAGACCAGUAAAAAAUACAGCAACAUCAAGCAAUCCCUUCCUAAGCUCCUGCAAUCAUUUGAUGUGUAUGAGAUGUCCAUACGUUGCCUAGAAAACAAAUUGUACUGUCUUGAAGCCUGCAGGGCAUUGGCAUUUGCUUUUCUAUCUGUUGAAAUGAAACUUUAUGUAGCACUUGGGAAAUGACUGGAUUAACACAUUCUGGUAGGUGGCAAGCCAGUGUUAAUAAGCCUUUACCAUCAUCAAAUGCUAGAUCCAAUCAGAUAUCAUGACAAGGUGUCUGGAUGACAUCAAUUCACUGUUGUUAAAUUCUGAAUUCUGCAAUUCCUUCAUGCAUUGACUGUUCAAGUAAAUCUGUUUCAAGGUAACUCCUCCUCAACCUCUCAUGCUAAGCCACAGUAUUGUGGACAUGUCCAAUGGCUUGAUGGGACAUUGAUUGGUUCAAGGUGAACAAGUCAACAGCAGCAUGGAAACAACAGUGCAAAUUAGAGUUUUGACAAGAUAAGAACUAAAAAAUAUUAGCAGGCUUUGUUUGGCUUCUUUUAAUUCUACAAGUGGUGGUAUAUUUGUUGUUCAACAUCAUUAAAAUAUUUGAAAAAUGAAUAUGUGAAGUAUAUUUUGACAUGGCAUUCUUGAACAUAGUUAUAAUUGUGAUUGGAAAGUAUAUGAUUUUAGAGGGAUAUAAAAUAUAGGCAACAUUUUGAGUCACAUGGAAUAUGAAAUUAAUUUUGUUACAGACAAGAAAUCAAGGUUUAAUAAGAGCAUUCUGAUACAGGUUAUGUUUAUUAUUCUUUUUGACUAUUUAUUUCAUAGAUCUUUUAAAGCUUGCUACUAUGUCGCCUUGUAAAUAUUAACACUGGCUGUAAAAGACAAGUUCAUGUAAGAUUACUCUUCUGCUUCAUUUAUAUCCUGAUACUUCUCAAACAUGACAGAUACACUUUAAAAGAAGAAGGAAAUUACAGGGGGUGGUCAUCAUUGCUUCAAGAUAUAAAUAAAACUCUGCCUAAGCCAAAAUUUCUGUAUUAAGAUCUCACUAGCAAGGCCAAGGCUUACCAUUAUCAUAGAUUAGGAGGCAUUCGGAGAAGCCUCCCAUGUACUUUUUGAUGAAGUUAUUUCCCUUUACUGGAGGACAGAACAGUUGAUCUCACACAACCUGUUUGCCCUGUUUUGGUUGAAAUGAAUUCAUAUGAGGGUCUGGUCUCUUCCAAUUGAUAGUUUGGAAAGGGGAGUCAUCUUAGCUUUGUUUCAAAUAGCAAAAUGCGACAUUUCUCCAGAUGAAAGAAUCUGAUCUCAUUUUGUAAAGGCAAAGGUUUGUGUCAGCUACUUUCUAUUUAUCAUGGUCUUUACUGACUUUAUUGACAGGCCCUAAUGUGCUAUAUCACAAAAGAGACAUUAGAAGAGACAGCCAACUAAAAGCAUAUAUCAUCAAAAUACAAGUAACUGGACAUGUGUCUCGUCUACAAUAAUAAUAAAACUGUGUCUAUCAUAGGACUCUAGACAAAGGAAAUCUGGAAUGACUCUAAGAACUUGGUAUUAUUUUAAAGAAAUAAAUUUUAUUAUUUCAAAUAGGGCUGUAGACUACAGUCCACACUGAAUAUCUAUGUGACAUUAAGAUGGUAGAUCAAGAGGUUGGUAGCAAUUGUGGGAGCUGAAGUCCAAAACACCUGGAAGGUCGAA